GCUUCCCGUACAUUUGUUUCAUACAGACUGAACAAUUGUGGCCCCUUUAUUCUAUUCAUUAAGGUUCAGUGUAUGUUUGCCAGCCUACAUCUGCAAGGGAGUUGCAGAAAAGCCUCAUGUUCAUCGAGCCGUGAGUCACCAAUGCUUUUUAAAGCUGUUAUGAAUAUGAAAAAACAAUACUGUUUGCUUUCCAGCAGUAACUGUUUUACACAUCAUCACGCUAGUUGGUAACGUAAGAGUGAGCAGAGGGGAUACGAAGCUUCUGCCCAGGCGGGUUGUAGUACACUGAUGCUGUGCAGCCUGAGCGUCUUUCCUCAAAUCUGACUCUAAAAAAAGUAAAUAAAUAAAGGAAAGGACUCAGAUUCCUUCGCCGACGUCUUCACUUUUAUUCUUCUGUAUCAUUCCCAACUUCCUCAUUACAGGUUUGGGCAAGAAAAGCUUUUCCCUUUAAACUUUUAGAGGCUGGGACCGCAGGAGGGGUUCUGAAUGGGAGAGACCUCGCAGAGAUGAGUCGAGACAGCGGGUUAAAUUCACAGACGAGCGCGUCUGCAAAUCGCACCUGCUCAACUGCUGCCCGCAUGACAUUCUCUCUGGAACGCGCAUGGACCUUGGCGAAUGCUCUAAGAUCCAUGAUCUGGCACUGAGAGCAGACUAUGAGAUUGCGUCUAAAGAGAGAGACCUGUUCUUUGAACUGGAUGCGGUGGAUCACCUGGAGUCGUUUAUUGCCGACUGUGACCGCAGGACCGAGUUGGCCAAGAAGCGUCUCGCUGAGACACAGGAAGAGAUCAGCGCUGAAGUGGCUGCAAAGGCAGAAAAGGUUCACGAGUUGAACGAGGAGAUCGGGAAGCUGCUGGCGAAGGCUGAGCAGCUCGGGGCCGAGGGAAAUGUAGACGAAGCCCAGAAAGUUCUACAGGAGGUUGAGAAAGUCCGGACUAAGAAGAAGGAUGCAGAGGAAGAGUACAGGAACUCGAUGCCCGCCUCCAGUUUCCAGCAGCAGAAGUUGCGCGUCUGUGAGGUUUGCUCCGCCUACCUGGGUCUUCAUGACAACGACCGGCGUCUCGCUGACCACUUUGGCGGCAAACUGCACCUGGGCUUCAUCCAGAUCCGAGAGAAGCUGGAGCAGCUGAAGAAAACCGUGCAGGAAAAACAGGAGAGGCGGAACCAAGAGCGACUGAAGAGGAGGGAAGAGCGCGAGAAAGAGGAGAGGAUGAAAAAGGAGACCAAGUCGCGCAGCCGAGAACGCAAGAAGUCUCGUUCUCGUGACCGCGAUCGAGAGCGCAGGCGCCGGCGUUCCCGCUCCGCAUCACGAGAGAAGCGUCGUUCCCGUUCUCGCUCCAAAGAGCGCGACAGACGCCGGCGACACCGUUCCCGAUCCCGCUCCCGCUCGCGGCACAGCCGAGAACACUCACACAAGUCUUCACGGGACCGUGACCGCGAGAGGGACAGCAAGCACAGUUCAUCUGAGCGGAGAUCAGACGGGCUGAACGGCAGGACAGAAUCUCGCCGUCAUGAUGACAGAGAGGCUGGAGAGAUCUGAAUCAUCUCACGCUAACAUAACAAACACAAACCGCUCAUAUACAUAUACCCACUUUUUUAUUUAUCAUGUUUGCUUCGUCUGUAGUAAACUGCCCAUGCCCAGUUUCAUUAAAGUCUUUGUAGUCUUUAAUAUCUCAGUCCAGUAAGAAUUGAACCUGUCUGAUCCACUGUCCAGUGUUGAAAUGACAUUUGUUUGUGUGGAUUUUGUUUUUUUGUUUUUGUUUCUUCUCUCAAAAGUAUGUACUGCCGCUUUUUUGUUUUGCCCCUCCAUAAUGUUUUUUUUUUUUUGGGAUUGGGUUUUCAUUUUGUACUGUUUGUCCUGAAUGAAUGUGUGCAUGUUUUGCACGGAGCUCAUUCUACUUUGAAAGCUGUUCUGAGGUCAGUUUAAACGCCCUUUCUUUAAAUUAGCUGCAGUAUUUCCCCAUAGAGAGAGACUGAGCUCAUUCACUCUUUGUUCCAGUAGCAGAGGUGUAGGAGUUUAAUCAAUCUAAACAAGUGAAUCCAUGGCAUAUUGUUUCAGAAUUACUAUGUACAUGAUCUUUUAUAAUGCUGUUUUGAUUUCAUGUUGUCCUGAUCAAAGUGCAUUAAAUGGUUUUAUGAAUUUAAA